CUCCCUCCGCCGCGGCAUUGCGCACACCCCGCGGGACUGGCUCGGCUGCUCUCGACUCUGCCUCCGGCGGCCUUUCGAAAGGCGCUUCUGCCUGUGAGGAGGAGGAGGAGGAGGAGGCGAGGCAGGGAGCGAGGCUCCGGAGCGGCCGCGGCGGGAGGGGGGAGGAGAGCCCCGGCCCCCCAUCCGCCAGCGCAACGCGGAGAGACGCGGAAGGGCCCUUCCAGCCGGCCGCCCCGGGAUCCGCCUCCCUGCGCCUCUGGCUCGGCGGGCUCCGCAGCGGGGCCCUCCCGCCGCCGAUCGCCACGCCGCGCCGCGCCGCUGGGCAUGAGUUAAAUCGCGGACAUGGACACCAAACAUUUCCUCCCGCUGGAUUUUUCCACCCAAGUGAAUUCGACCUCCUUAAGUUCUCCGACUGGCCGGGGGAGCCAUAUGGGCACACCUGCCCUCCACCCCUCCAUGGGGCCCAGCCUUGGGGGCUCCUUGGGGUCGCCCAGCCAGCUCCAUUCACCCAUCAAUGGCAUGGGGCCGCCCUUCUCUGUCAUCAGCUCUCCGAUGGGGCCUCACACCAUGUCUGGACCGUCCACCCCCAGCCUCGGAUACGGAGCCGGCAGCCCACAGCUCAACUCCCCCCUGAACCCUGUGAGCAGCACCGAAGACAUCAAGCCCCCCCUGGGCAUCAAUGGGGUACUCAAAGUGCCAAUGCACCCUUCCUCCGCCAUGCCCGCCUUCACCAAGCACAUCUGCGCCAUCUGUGGAGAUCGCUCCUCAGGCAAGCAUUACGGGGUGUACAGCUGCGAGGGCUGCAAAGGCUUCUUCAAGCGGACGGUGCGGAAGGACCUGACCUACACUUGCCGAGACAACAAGGACUGCUUGAUUGACAAGCGCCAGCGGAACCGGUGCCAGUACUGCCGCUACCAGAAGUGCCUGGCGAUGGGCAUGAAGAGGGAAGGGAUGGAGCACCAUCCAUCCCGACCCACAAGACUCCCUGGAAGGCAGGAGCAACCAGCUGUCCAGGAAGAGCGGCAACGAGGCAAAGACCGCAACGAGAACGAGGUCGAAUCCACCAGCAGUGCUAACGAGGACAUGCCGGUGGAGAAGAUUCUAGAAGCUGAACUGGCGGUGGAACCCAAGACAGAGACCUACAUCGAAGCCAAUAUGGGCCUGACUCCUAAUUCGCCCAAUGACCCAGUCACCAACAUCUGCCAAGCAGCAGACAAGCAGCUGUUCACCCUGGUGGAAUGGGCCAAGCGGAUUCCCCAUUUCUCGGAGCUCCCACUGGACGACCAGGUGAUCCUGCUCCGAGCUGGUUGGAACGAGCUGCUGAUCGCCUCCUUCUCCCACCGAUCCAUCGCGGUCAAAGACGGGAUUCUCCUGGCCACAGGCCUCCAUGUCCACAGGAACAGUGCCCACAGUGCGGGAGUCGGGGCCAUCUUUGACAGGGUACUGACCGAGCUUGUGUCGAAGAUGCGAGACAUGCAGAUGGACAAGACGGAGUUGGGCUGCCUGCGAGCGAUCGUCCUCUUCAACCCAGACUCAAAAGGCCUUUCUAACCCCGCUGAGGUUGAGGCAUUGCGGGAAAAGGUCUACGCCUCGCUGGAGGCCUACUGUAAACAGAAGUACCCUGAGCAGCCAGGGAGGUUCGCCAAGCUGCUGCUUCGCCUCCCUGCCCUCCGGUCCAUCGGCCUGAAGUGCUUGGAGCACCUCUUCUUCUUCAAACUCAUAGGGGACACGCCCAUCGACACCUUCCUGAUGGAGAUGCUGGAAGCGCCACACCAGAUGACUUAAAAGGACGCUGGGCCAGGCCAGCUGCUCUCCUCAGCCCAGGAGGCUGCCCGCUGCCACCCACCGGGACCUCUGCUCUGAGACCCAUCCUGCUGCCACCUCCCCCACAACUCCCCGUGCAAGGGAACCGGGAACGUUAGCGUGGCUGGCUCGGCCCUUUGGCUGCUUCCGCAAACAACUUGCGUCUGAGGACAAACGGCUUUCACAGAUGGGAGAAUUGCUCCAACAGCCACCACGGCCUGCUUGCACUUGCCCCCACUCCCCCCAUGGCUUUGAGCUCCCCCCCACCAGGUGCAAAAUGGUGAAUUUACUCCAACUCCCCGGAAGGAUUUCAGGACUCUGUAAAGCUGCCUUCACUUAAGAAGAAGGGAUUGUGGGAAACCGGUGUUGCUGCUGGGAAAAGGGGAGGCCAGGAGGGUGGCCAGCUGCACCCGUAGACCUCCAGAGAUGGCACUUCCUGGGCAUGAGCCAGAGCAAGGCUGUCUCCUCAAGCCAGAGAGCAGGGCUUCGCUGCCCCUCGGCUGCUCCUGCUUUCAUAUGCGGGCAGACAAGGGUGGCAGAGUGUCUUUGCAGGCAGAUGGCAGGCUGAGCCACCCCACGCAGGGUCUGAGACAAGAGACCCCCACCCCCAUUCUUGCACAGAGCAGCUCAGAAUGCCUCCGAGAGCUGUCCCCUGUUUUACUGGGAGGGAAGGAGGGGGGGCGAAAGAGGGAUUUGGGGCUGGCAGAAGCUCUGCCAUCUGGGUGGUGCUGGUGGCCCUGGGCUCCCCUGGCCCCUUGCUUUGUGAGCGCCAGUGCCAGGGGGCAGGGAGACAGGCUCUCUUGGGGGCAGAGGGCAUGCCCUGGCUGACUUCCCAUUGUCAGAGAUGUGAAGCAGGAGUGGGGGAGGGGGCUCAGAUUGGGUGCCAAGGAGAGUGUGAAGCCCCCCAUCUUCUGCCCAAGCAAGGACCGGCUGCUUGAGUCCCUCUGCAUGAGUCCCUGCUCUGCUUAGAAGAGGGACCUGUGUAGUGAGGCACAUUUCCCACUCCGGGAAAAAUAUAUUUUGGGAAUAAAAGCUUGUCUCCCUUUUCAGAAAAGAAAAAAGCACUAAAGCUGCUUCAUCCGGGCAGGUUCAGGCACUUUCCCCCCUUCAAGGCCUCGGGUGCUGUCAUUCCUUCGCUCGGUUCCUCCAUCUCCCAACGCCCACACCUGACAAGAAUCCAAAUGCAGCUGGGGGACCUUGGCGAUGGGGGUCAGAUUCAGCCCAGCAGCCCUCUUCAGGCUAGGGCUGCUCAUGUAAGUGCUGCUCGAAUGGAGCUUCCCUGUGCAGGGGCAGUCUAGCCCUGGUGCUCCUUUCCAAGAUACAAAGGAGGCCCAGUUCAGCCGGGAGCUUCUCUGGGGGCUCGGUCUGGGGAGGGGCCGGGGGUGGGUUUCUUGCAGAUUUCGAAUUCAGAAACAAAAGAGGGGGGAGGAGGGGGGCUGGAUGCAGGCGGGGAAAAAGAGCCAGGCGCCCCUGCCUCGCUUUGCGAAGGGAGCGGCCGGCGGGGACGCCCGUUUCCCCAGAGUUCAGGUGGGCGCCGGGCGCGGAGAAAAGGGAGUGGGCUCUUCUACGGAGUGGAGCCCGGCCCUGCCUUGGAGAAGCGGCGGCUUUUGCUCCGACCGGACUCCGCUCGCCCUCCGGAGGUGUCUGUCGAGGGCUCCGUUUCCAAUUUCGGAGGUGGGGGAAGGAAGCGGCCGAGAGAGAAGGAAGCACAGCUCCCAACCCACCCCCACUUUCCCGGGAUAGCCCAGCGAAGUUCAGCGAGUGGCUUGGACGCCCCGUCGGCGCUUGCUUGUCGUUUUUUCUCCCCUCCCCCCCCCGUUUGUUACCUGUCCAGGUGGGUGAGGAUGUCGGACUCGGGAGACCCCUUUGCUUGAAGGGGAAACGGGGGGUUUCCAAACUAGGAAGGGAGGCAUCUGCCCCCCCCUCGUGGAACCAGAAGGGGGAGGCAGGCAAGCAGCGGAGCCAGAGUGGGGGGGCGUCCCGGGGGGACUGCAGCCUUUCCCGCCGGGAUUUUACGGGGAGGGGAGGGGGGUGUUGUGGGGGCUCCCACAACUUGAGAUGGCGCGAUGCGUGCGUGUAUACAUGUAUGUAGUGUAGAUAUAUACACUGUAUAAAUAUCCCCAUACUAUUACCCCCCCGCCGCCUUUAGGGUUAACUUUCUGCUCUACUUUCCCCCCCCUUCCUGUUUUACUUGCUUCGUGAAAGCGAGUUGCUCCGUCUCCCCCCUUCUCCCCCACCCCACGAACUGGCAAACAAAACUGGAGCUUUUGUAACCCGAGCAGAGGAAAACGACGCAUCUAUUUUCAGAUGUCGGAGCAGGGAGAAGCGGGUGGCCGAGCCGGGGGCUUGAGCGAUUCCCGACGGAAAUUUUAGGAAAAGAGAGGCCGCCUUCGCUCUCCGGAGCUCGUAGCUGAAGCAGGUGAUAAAAAGAAAAAAAUAAAUGAGAGAAGGUGAGCAAAAUAUCUAAGUGUCAAUAAAGUUAAAUAUCUAUUUUUGUACAAAUAUAAUAUUAUCCCUUACGUAUGCUUAGAUAAUUUUUUUUUGGGGGGGGAGGGGGGACUGCUUUUAUAGAAUUUGUUCUCAAUCUCUCAAUAUGCUCAGCCUUAAGACGCCUCUAUGAAGCAAAGGACAAACUUGAUUUGGUGUUCAAAUGUCUUUAUCCCGAAUUUCAAAAAUCACUUCCCAAUGAGUGGAUUUCGGUCCCCUCCCCAUCCGGAGACGCACGAAAUACAGCCGACUCUGGUUGCGCCUCUCCGAGAUUCUCUUCUUGCAGCAUUAACUCUACUGUGAAAUCACGACCCUAUAUUAUUGUUCACUAAAAAAAAAACAUAAAGCUAAUAAAUAAAUAAAAUCCGCUGGAAAUGCCAGUAUUUUGACGAAAUGUAUUAGGGAUGUUUUUUUUAAAAAACGGUAAAAGAAAAUAUAUGAGCGUUUUAAAAUGCA